AUGGCGCCCUCUCUGCAUGCUCACUCGUCCUUCACGCGCCCUCGCACCGGGGAUCGCGAGGGCCGUCCCACCACCCGGGACCAGGGCGACAACAACCUCAUCAUCCCCAGCCGUACCUCUUCUCUUCACUCUCGCAUCACCCAGCCGAUUCCUUCCACCCUCAACGUCAAGACCCAGCAGCGCACCCCCAAGACACUGACCCAUGCCUACAUGGUCUGCGGUGUCGGCCGAGAGCCCUCGCAAUGGGUCAAGGCACCUGCGCCCGCCCAGGGCAAAAUCGGCCACAUGAAGGGUGCCGUCGGCCAAUUCUGGCUCCCUGAGAUUCUCGGCAGCAGCCCCAGGCUGGAGCAGGACAACGAGAUUGCCAGGGCCCUGCACGCUGCUAUGCGGGCGUGCUUCCCUCACGAUGUUGAGAUUUGCACUGGCCGCAGCCAGCCGCACUGCGUCCAUCACGCGUUCGUUCUGCAGCAGGACUCGUCCCACACCCUCUACGGCAUCAGUCUCCGCGUGUGGUCCCGCGCCGACGAGAAGAGGGCCGAGACGAUUCGUGACCUGCGGAAGAGGACCGAGUCCGACUUCUACGACAACCCCGACGAGACGUACUGGAUCCCCUACUGCCUGUCCUUCCUCUCCCGCUACCCGCUGUACAAUCUGUUGGGCGACUAUCUUCGGGGCAUGUGGAUUCACUGGAACAAGGCCACCAACCUGUUCCACGCCGAGGAGGUCUCCCGCAUUCUCAGCUUCCCCGCCCCAAGGCUUAACGACCUCGUCCGCAUCGACAUGAAGGACUACGCCCUGUGCUACCAGUUCCCCUCGUCUCCCACCGGCUUCCAGAACUUCGCCAUGUGGCCCCUGUUCUGCUGUCUCUCGAUUCCCAACAUUGUUGGCGUCAUUGAGGCCGCCAUCUCCCCCACCCGCCGCAUCAUCUUUGUGAGCCACUACCCGGCCAUGCUGACCAUGGCCGCCGAGACGGUCCGCUACUGCGUCCGUGUCUACGAGUGGAGCGGUCUCUAUGUCCCCGUCGUUCACGCCCGUCACGCCAAGGAGCUCGUUCAGGAACCGGGCCCCUACAUCCUGGGCAUCACUGCCGAGUGCAGGUCGCUUUUCACGGCGCCCACGGACGCUCUGGUCGUCGACCUCGACCGCAACUUUGUUCUCACCUCGAGCCCGCCUACCGCGCUGAGCCCCGGUCAGCGCAACAAAUUCGUCACCCGCCUGACCCAGUCCCUCAAUGGCGAUGUCACCCCGUCUGGUGUGCCCCAGCACCUCCGCUCCGCCUACGGUGGAGGCAAGCUCAUCCCCGCCGGCCAGAUCAUCGUCAUGCGCGGUGAGGUCGAGUCCAUCCAGGACCCCGAGUGGUGGAGCCAGGAUGCUGUCAUGUCCGUCAUGGACCACGUCUGUGAAAAGAUGGGCCGCAACACCGGCCUCAAGGCCGUGUUUGGUGGCGCUGUGAAGAAGCCGCUGAUGACCAAGGUUUCGAUGAGGCACCUCAACGAGAUUGUCCGCGAGAGGAACCAAUACUCGCGCGACGCUCUCGAGGCGUGGCAGGACUUCAUCAACCUCAAGGGCCGCAUGGACACGGAGCUCAGCAAGGUCACCAAGCGCAACAACUACCUCGUCGAAGAACUGGAGAGCUGGAAGCAGCAGUUCCUCAAGUUCCAGGCCUUUGCUGAACAGCUCACAAAGGAGACGCAAGAUCUCAAGACCAAGAUUGAGAACCACAAGAGGGAGAACCGCAGGCUCGGCGGUCUCAUCGAUCAGCAGAAGGACGAUAAUGCUCGCCUCUCUGUUCGUCUCGCCGGCACGGAGAAGCAGCGUGACGAUGCUCUCGAGGCCCUGGUCCUCCAGCAGGAGAUUGCCGAGGAGCUCGAGCGCGAGCGCAAGCGCAACAAGAAGGAGCUUUCCGCGCUCCAGCACACCAACAUGACAAUCCUGCGACAGCGUGACGAGGCUCGCAGGGUGGUCCUUCACCUCCGCAGUCUCAUUGGCGGCCAGAGCCACCACAUGGAGCACCUCGUCCGCUCGCUGACGAAGCCCGAGGAGAUCAGCUCGGAGCUCGAGGACGGUUUCGAGAACGACGAGGAUGUCGAGCUCCAGCAGGGCGAGGUACCCAGCGACCGCCUUUCGCCUGAAGCGGAAAACAACCUGAGGAGUGCUGCCCGCGCCAACAAGAGAAUGUCUUCGUCCAGCUUCAUCGACGUGGCUGAUCGUCACCUGAAGGACAAGACGGAUGCCAUCGCGCACAUCAUCCGCAACAUUGCAGAGCAGUGCCAAGCUGCCGUCGAGGGUCUGUCUCUGGCGCAAGAUGCCGAGCUCGACGAGCGUGCCCGCCUCGCCGCCGCCCACCGCAGGCACAGCAACCUGUCGGUGGCGGCCAGCGAUGACGGCCACGACAGCCACUCCAACGCCACAGCGUCGGAGCUCGGUGACGACAGCCUCCUGCAGCCUGCCUCGGGUCGCACGUCGAGCAUCCCGCCAACGCCCGAUCUGGUGCCGAACCGCAGCAGCACGGCCAUGUCGUUCGCCUCGACGGCGACGACGCCCGAGCGGUCGAGCCAGCAGUAUAUGAUCCACCAAGACAUCCCCACAAAGAUUGUCGAGGACGACGGCGAGGACCUCGAGGAGGGCCGCAGCGAGUCGGACACGGCGCCUCAGGAGCACGGCCUCGUCGGCAAGCACGCCAGCAGCCUCAUCCACAGGCCAUCUGGGGCUCGCAUCAGCGCCCUGGGGGGCUCGCGCUAA